UAUUUCAAAGCAAAACAAUGUUUUGUAGUCAAACAAAGCUUAUUUUUCACUUCUCAACGAAGUCUUUUAACUCUGUUUGACCAUGGUGAUGUACGUUAUCCAUUCGCAUCCUGUCAUUCAAAGAUACAAAGCCCAUAUAUGCAGCAAAGCAAGCGUAUUUCAGUUGAUUCUGUUACUUUUUACUGCAUUUUUCCCUUUGUUGAUUGCCUUCGCUUCAAAGGGAUUUUGGUUGAAGGAAUCAUCUUACAAAGAACAACCAGAGGUCCAUUUCAAGCAUGAAUUCAUUGUUUUGCUGCAAGGGUUAACAUCACGUUCAUAUGUUGCCUACAGCACGUAUCAAAAGUUCAACAACCUUGUCAAUGAUAAACUACGCAUUCCAGUUGUUAAGUCUUUUGAGGAAGACAAAAACAGAGAUGGCAAGAAUGAUGUCUUAAAUUUUACACUGGAGAUGCCAUUGACUGACAAAGAAAGUGCUUAUGGAGUGCAGUUACUGCUCGUAUUUGAAUACAAAUUACAGAGGUUUUCAACUCUCGUCAUGGAAAGUAUGGCUUACAUUCAUCACUCAUCUGGGGCGCCUGGGGCCGAGUUUGUGACGAUCGGUGAAUUACGAUUGAAGCAAAAAUCUCUACUACGUCACAGUGGCCGGAGUACAACUUAUAAUACAACGGUUAUUGACAGCACAAGUACUUUUGCGGAGGCGUAUGAUUUCACGAAUAUAUUUCGACAGUACUUCAUAAGAAAUGUGACAACAGAGUAUGAAAGCGUCUAUCCUUUAUGGAGAACUGGUCGAAAUAUCGAAGCGCCAUUUGUUUUGAAAGCGACGAUCUACUAUCCAGAGGAAAGAAUAUUCUAUCGACCCGGUUUUUGGCAACUCAUUAAAUAUGCUUGGAUCCAGUAUCUCGCCAUUCUUGUUGUUCUCACGUCAUUUUUCUCGCGAUUUAAAAGAUUUGUAUUUGAGAACCAAGUUGUGACGACUGUUCCACAAAAAAUAAAAACUGAACACGAAGACUGAGAAGGUGAAAACGACAAUUUUAAAUCGUGGAAAUGUUGUCAUUUCAAAAUCAGCUUUUUUAUCAGAAAGCCUUUUUCAUGUUUACUGGUAUUACAUGACGUCCUAUCUAAACCAGCGAGCUUUGAUGGUGUCGUCGUGUGAUCACGUGACCAAAAGCAACAAGUUAACUUCUUUUUAGGAUGAUAAUUUAUUUGUAUAUAGCUUGAAUACAUAAUUGUGGUAUUGAUAGUACUUAGUAAGCAUGUGCUGUGUAUAAGUAUGAAAGGAAGACUAAGCAACUGAA